CCGUCGACGCCUUGCCGCUGGCUUGUUGCAAAACCCUCGACCCCUCCAUUCUGGUCAACACGCACGCAAACGGCAAAACCCAAACCAAGCUUUGUUCGCUGAACCUCGGUUCGGUAUCCGGGGCAACCUCGGUGCAUGCUCAUUUACUUACUUUCUCUGUGUAAUUACAACAAACAGUUGGUGUGCGUCACUCCUUUUUACAUAUGAUGAAAGGGAGCAGAACUACUGUAUUAACGUUCGCCGAAAAAUGCAAGACUAUAUUGGCGUCAAAUUGGCAAGGCAAUCUCAAUACAGUUAAGGCUGAUGCUAAAGGAAGCAAAGAAGAAAUCUACAGUUCAAAAGUUAAAUACUUUGUGAAGAAGGGAAGGCCAUAUGGGUGUGGGAGAUCAGGCAUGAGCCCUUGCACUGAGGCAUGGUUGGUAAUGGUGUCAAUGGGGUUCAAGAGACAAGUGAAUACAGUUAUAGAUGAACGUGGUUCGUUGGCUGUCACAAGUCCCAUACCAGGAUCACUUGCAAGUUUGCUUCAAUCUUUAAAGAAGCCUCCUAAUCGGGUUGCUCUUAUUGGUGAAGUUGUGCCACUUGGUGAUAAGAAGGUCAAGACAGCUGCAGAAAGCCUUCGAGAGGCGAUAAUAUCAGAAGGGGAGGCGAUAAAGAAGUUCAGUUAUUCCGGAGAAAAUCUCCAAGAGCUACUGGAUGAAGAUCAACAAUACAUGAGCUAUAAAUUUGAUAUAAGUUCAAUCACUUACAUAGAAGGCAAGGGAAGCAGCCAUGAAGUAGAUUUAAAGGAUAUGGAGGAAUCAAAGGCUGACCCCUUGUCACUUUUUUCUGCAAGCUUGAUUGAUGGGAUUAAUCAAAGCGAAGCUAGACGUCGAGCCCUGAUGAUUUUGUGUGCUACGUACUUGAAUAAGAAUGUGAAGGAUGUAGUGGUGGUUUCCGUUGAUCGGAAAGGGGUGGACCUUCAAGGUUGUGGGACCCAUGACGGAUGUCGGGUCUCGUGAAUGCGAGUGGAAAGAGUUGAGAUUGGUGUUAACGGAAGAAGCUGGAGACGUCGAGACAUUCUGCAGACGACUUGUUGAGAUGGAAAAGAAAGCACUUAAGAAUGUUGCAGAAUUCAGUGGCCUACCAUCAAAUCCAAUUGCAAC